AUGUUUUGUAAUAUUUCUAGAGGCAUAGCACGAUCUUUGAGUGGCGUUGGGAGAAAGGGAGGUGUGCCACGUAGCAUUUGUGGUGGCCGAUUUUACCACACACAGCAACAACAAGGAAAGUUUAGUCGUUAUGGAUUGAUGGUGGCCGGUAUUUCUCUUGUCGGUGCCACUGGAGUGAGUAUUGUUAAGUAUCAAGAGGCUGCAAGGACUACAGAAGAGGCCAAGGAUAUGGAUGAAGAAACUGUCAAGAUGGUCAAGGAGGGAGCAGCAAAGGCCAAGGAGGCUGCUGCGGAGGCCAAGAAGGCUGAAGCCGAGUCGGAGGCUGAGAAUGAGACUGACACCGGUGAAGGGAGUGAGGGUGGACAGACUUCGUUAUAG